AUGCACAAGAGGUAUGAAAAAGGUAAAUAUGUUAUUCUGCCAACUCUUAACAUGGUUGUUCAGAAUCUUGAUGAGAAAUUCAUUGAUGCUGAAGAAAAAUCAAACUCUAAAAAAGUAAAAAUAAUCUUAGAGGAUAUAGAAGAAGAAAUUGCUUACUCGAACUCAACAAUUGUCUGCUACAUACUUAAAGCUAACCCACCCCUAGCUGUGCUAGAAGAUUUUGUAAGAAGAAUCUGGAAAAACAAAGGAGUGGAUAAAGUUGGCAUGAUAGCCUAUGGAAUGUUCAUUGUGAGAUUCAAUUUAGCACAAGAAAGGGAUGCAAUUCUGCAGGAAGGAUACAUUUUCUUUGAUAAGAAACCUAUGGUGAUGAAAUCGUGGAACCACACCACCAAUUUCAAAAAAGAAGACAUUCAUGCCAUUCCCAUAUGGAUUAGGCUUGAAGAGAUUGACAUAAAAUAA